AUGACAUCAGGGAGGUGAUGCCAUGACACACAAGUGAAUUGGAUUGAAGUAAGGGAGAGUUGUGCAAGGUUACCAGCCUCACUUUGACCUCCAGAGACAUCUGGGUCCAGUGACAAGAUAGAGAUCAAGACAUCUGGAGAUGGCCCUGGAUUCAGUGGGAAACCUGGGCCUUUUUAAGAAGCAGAAGCUUCUUAAAGAACUUGGAAACAGAUGGCUUCCUUAUCUAACUCCCAAAGAUGCUGAAUUCUACCAGCUGUGGCAGGAGAACUAUUCCAAACUGAUGCUCCGAGAAGCUAAUAGGAUUCCUGAUUUUCUACAUAAGGAAGUUCAGCAAGCUUUCCUUACCUUGAGAAAGCAUGGCUGUUUAUUCCAGGAUCUAGUUCGAAUCAAAGGGAAAAAUUUACUCACACCAGUAUCUCGUCUUCUUAUUGGAAAUCCAGGGUACACGUAUAAAUAUCUGAACAGCAGACUCUUCACUGUACCAUGGCCAGUGGAAGGUUCCAACAUAAAGUAUACUGAAGAUGAAAUAUUUUCAGCUUGUACAGCUUUCUUUAAGCUCAAUGACUACCUGCAAAAAGAUACAAUCCAGGCUUUAAAUAAGCUGCACUUGAUUAAAUCUGAAAAAAAUGAAGAUGGCACAGUCUUUGGAAUGAUACCAGAAUUCUCCAAGAGUGGUUUAGACAUGGGAGAUGAUAUAGAACUCAAGAAGAGGACAGCAUACAACUUGACUUUGUUGAAUUACAUGGAUCCCCAGAAAAUGUCCUACUUGAAAGAAGAGCCAUAUUUUGGGAUGGGGAAAAUGGCUGUGAGCUGGCAUCAUGAUGAGAAUUUAGUAGAAAGAUCAACAGUGGCAGUAUACAGUUACAGUUGUGAAGGCCCUAAAGUGAUUGAUGAAGAUGAGCCGAAUCCAGAAGGGAGAGACCCUGCUCUGUGGCAUGUUGGUCUGAAGAUAGCCUGGGACAUAGAGACACCCGGUUUGGCAGUACCGCUUCGUCAAGGAGACUGCUAUCUUAUGCUAGAUGAUCUUAAUAUAACCCAUCAACAUUGUGUUUUGGCUGGUUUGCAACCUCGAUUCAGUUCUACCCACAGAGUGGCAGAGUGCUCAGUGGGGACUCUGGAUUAUAUUUUAAAACAAUGCCAGUUGGUAAUGCAGAAUGUGUGGGAUGACAUGGAGCCUAAAACCAUGCAUUUAAGAUCACUGGAGCCAUCGGUUGUCAAACAGGGAGAGGAAAUUCAUAAUGAGGUAGAGUUUGAAUGGCUAAGGCAGUUUUGGUUUCAUGGCCAUCGCUACAAAAAGUGCACAGAUUGGUGGCAUCUACCCAUGUCUGAACUGGAAGGACUGUGGAAAAAGAUGGAAUGUGUGACAAAUGCAGUGCUUUGUGAAAUCAGAAAAGAGGGAUUGCCCAUGGAACAAAAGAAUGAAAUCAUAACAGAUUUACUUGCCUUGCUCACCACACGACAGGAGCUGCGAAUGGAAUGGUGUAUGAGAUGCCAAUCCCGAAUCGCUCAAAAUUUACCAGAGGAACAGAGACCAAUAUGUUGGCCGUAUUGGGAAGAUGAUGAUCCUGAGAUGCCAUUGCCAUUUAAUCUUAGCAACAUCAUUUUGGAACUCCAAGGUCAGCUCUUGAAAACAAAGCCUUAGGGGAGAACACUGCCAUUUUGGUUGAAACCAUGUUUUCAGAAGAAAUACCUUUUAACAAAGGAAAUACUUCAGCUAUAGAAUCCAGAGUCUGCCAUGACUCGGGCAAAGACACCAAUGAAAAGUGUAAAGAUCCCAGCUGACCACCUACUCACUGGAUUUUGAGAACCAUCUACCUUGUAAUAGCAAAAGGGUGGGGCUCCCAAAUAUAAGAGCUCUGAACUGAGACUGUGUUGUGGUCUUCUUGGCUAGGGAUAAAUCCGGGGCUCUUCCCCUAUGUGGAUCCAGGCUGGCUGUUUUCCAACAUGUGUAUAAGAUGCUUAAUCACAAAAAGCUGUAGGGCAUUGCAAAGGACAGAGACCCUACUUGCAGCAAAACUUAGCAUAUUCCACUCCUUCUUCUAAUCUACCACUGACACGGGCACAGAUGUGCCCAGUCUGAAGAGAGGCUGAAAGAGGAGUCAAAAACCUUCAGCAUCUCCCUUUUAUCUCUUUAACAGAUGAAAUGCAAAAUCAGUUUGGUAUUUAAAGUUUUCUACCGUCUGGAUUUCUAGUAUUAUUUUGUGCUACUCCCCCGAAUGCACUCUUCAUUCUAGUCAUAUGGGAACAUAUGUGUGUGUUUGCAUGAGGACACAUGCACACUUGUACAUGCAUGUGCCGUGUGUGUUUCUACUUGCAGUUCUCUGUACAUACAUUCCUUUUUCCCCUCCUUGUUUUUCAUCCUCCACCUCUACCUUUUAGAAUCCAUUCACAGUGCAAUGAAGCUUUCCCUUUAACUUUUUCCUUCAUCAUUAGCAUCUUGGAAUUAUUUCAUAUUACUCUAUAGAUACUUUGCAUAUAUUUACCCAAAUACAUAUUGAGUGUAAGCUCAUUGAGGGCAGGUACUUUUUUUUUUGUCUUUUUUUCUCCAGCACCCAAUAUGAUACUUCCCAUCCAGAGGGUAUUUAUAAAUAUUUCCUGAAUUUGAAGUCAAAGAAGCUCUCAUCACUAUAGAACUUGCCUCUCUAAAAUAUACAGGAAGCUAAUGUGCAUGUUUGGUUUUGCUGUUAAACUAUCUUUUUCUCCUUAGCCUCCUUAGUUAUUGAUACCUAUUGAAAAAAGCAAAAGAAAAAUAAAUCAAGUAAUUUUUAAAUCUGAUAAAUAUAGGGAAAAGAUUCAGGAAGCCUGUUUUUUUUUUUUUUUUUCUAAUUCUGCUUAGUUUAGAGAGUUAUUUCCUAUAAAACCUUUGCAAUAAGGACACAGGAUUAAGAGAAAGGAAGUUAAGAAGCAGGCCACAUGCCAGAUGAGUAAGUUGUGUUUUAAAAAAGGUUUGGGUAUUAGUAAUGGUGAGGUAGCAACGAAUUCCUAGGAUGAGACAAUGCACCGUAAUAAUCUUAGUUUAGAGGUAUGGACUAAGCAUUCCCAAUGGUCCCUGUCUUUGUCACUAUGGCAAAACAAAGGGAAGAGAAAGUUCCUGCCUUUGAGAAAUUCUUGUAGUCUAUUGGGGAAGACAGAACACCUGUCUUUAGAGAAUCUCUUAGUCUGAUAGAACAUGUUUCCUAUUCUAUCAUGCACCUUCUCCACUCUAGCUGUAGUUUCCAUUUUCUAGGUUUUACCAAUCUAAUGGGGAAAACCAUUCUUAUUUUUAGGGAGUUUAUAAUCUAGUUAGGGCAGAUGUAAUAUAGAUAAGAAAGUAAACUUAAGAAUGCUUAAAAACAAUUAUAUGUGAUCUUAGUAUAAGCUAAGUCCGUAGAAGGUAAAAUACAGAAUUAAAGUGAGGACAGAAUGGAAUAGGGUUAAUUCAAGUAUACUUUCUGAAGUAGGCAAAUUUUUAUUUAUAAUUUGAAGGAUGCAUAAAGGUUAUGAAAUGAUGGCAAAAGUUGUAUAGCAUUGUUAUAGCAUUCCAUUUACUCAGCUCCAACUGUUGUUCUUCCCAUCAUUCCCUCCUUGAAAGAAACCUGUGUUUGACUAUGACUAACGGGGACAAAAUUAAGACUUGGAAUAUUAUAGUCAACAUCGUGGGUCAAACUGCCAAGAGAUCCAAACAGGGGAUCACAAUAAUCCAUGCUUAGUAUUCAGCAGGUCAGCAGUUGAGCAGGGAUCAUUGUGUCUCUCUGUCUUUUGUGUGUUCCUUGAGCCAGGUAUCUUACUUAACUGCUUCAAUCUGCAUAACUUUUUUCUUCUUGUUGCUCCUCUCCUCCUCAGGAUAUAUUUUCAUCUGGUCCAUGUGCUUAUUUCAUCCUCUGGGCUUGAUGACCAAAGUAAGCUUCACUUAUAACAAAGGCUAAAAAGAAGAAAAAUAAAUUAAACAAAACUAAUCCAUCAUUCCCAUCUAACAUCACAUGAAAUAUUCUAUAUCUAUAGUCCUCUUCUCUCUAUUUAAAAGAGGAAAGUACUUUUGCAUCUCAUUUCUUCCCCAGGGCCAAGGUUGGUCACUAUAAUUACACAACAAUUUCAUUUUAUUCUUUCCAGUUAAAUUAUUAUAGUUAUUGUUUAUUUCAUAUUCUUACUCUUGUUUAGUUCAUCCCACAUCAGUUCAUAGAAUGCAUCUGAAUUCUUCAUAGUCAUCAUUAUAUAUCCAUUGGGAUCAUGAGAGACACUAUGGCAUUGUGCUUAAAGUACAAGAAUCAUGUUCGUAACCUUCUUCUACACAUAAUACUAGCUUUGUGACUUGAGCAAAUAAUCUAACUUCUCUUGACCUUGGUUUCCUUGUGUGUAAAAUGAGGAAAUUGGAUUAAAUUACAUCUAAAGUCUUUUCCAGCUCUAAAUCUAUGAUUUUAUGUACCAUAAUUUGUUUAGCCCAAGACCUUUCAAAAACCUUAGUAUUAAAAUACCCCACAUGUCUCCUUCUACUCCAUGCACAUGCACACACACACACACACACACACACACACACACACACACUUUUCUAUUACCUUUGCUUCUUUUAAUGGCCCUUCCAGGCCUGGAGUUCUCCUAUGCUGCCCAAGAAUUAUUUACAUUUUUAAAAGAAAAUAGUUCUCAAGGGAAUGAGCAGUAGAAUUUCAAACAUCAGUGGCAGACCAGUAAAAAAUAAUAGGGGAUAGUAGCGGGCAGAUGGGCACCUCGCAUCACACCUUCUGGGUAGGUACCUGCCACUUCCUGGCCUUAUCUAAGGCUUACAAUGAAGCCAAAAUGUCUCUGGCCCUGAACAACAUCCAAUCGAUAUUUGCUUUCUUAGGAUCAUAGAAUUUAGAUCUGGAAAGGAUUGUAAAAGUCAUGUGG